AUGGCCUCAAGUACCACGGCGCUCGAGUACGAGAUUCUUUCGUCAUUUAUCCUCUCCCGUGCGUCAUUACAGGACAUCAUCUCUCUCCACAAGUUCACUGAGCUAUUCCCAAAAGAUAAGCAGUCAAAUCCUCAGGUUAAGCUUCUUUACGCAGAGCUCCAGCUUCAGCGCAACAAAACAUGUGAUCGCGUUAAAAAGAACUUACAAUUCGAAGCUCGACUCGGCGCAAAGCAACGAAGGGACGCAAAACGGCAGCAGCGAGAGGGGCAGCACAUAGAUGAUGACGCGAUGGCGGGGAUUGAACUCUUCGGUGCAGCUCGUUCAGAACCAAAGCUCCCAUUAAGGGAGCUUUUACAGCAAAUGAAGGCCGCUGCCGAAGAUCUUGAUGCAGAAUUCAAAAACCUCGAUAGGGAAUGCGAUGAGAUACUCGGAGACCUCAAAACUACGAUUGGAGAUCUCAGCGAUCUGCGUUACGGAAAGUUCGCCAACGCAGGUUUAGACGAAAAAGUUGUUUCGGAUUUAGAGAAUCUGCAUAAGACCUGCGGACGAGUCUUAAACCCUGAUUCUCAUUCAAAUGAAACUUAG